CCCCCACCUUGGGCCAGACCCGGAAGCUGCGGCGGCGCUCCUUGGGGGAAGAUGGCGCCCUCGGGGCUGAAGGCGGUGGUGGGGGAAAAAAUUCUGAGUGGGGUCAUUCGGAGCGUCAAAAAGGAUUCAGAAUGGAAGGUACUCAUUAUGGACCAUCCAAGCAUGCGCAUCUUGUCAUCUUGCUGUAAGAUGUCGGACAUCUUGGCGGAGGGCAUCACCAUUGUUGAAGACAUUAACAAGCGACGAGAGCCCAUUCCCAGCCUGGAGGCCAUUUAUCUGCUGAGCCCCACGGAGAAGUCGGUCCAGGCCUUGAUUGCAGAUUUCCGGGGGACUCCUACCUUCACCUACAAAGCAGCACAUAUCUUCUUCACUGACACCUGCCCCGAGCCCUUAUUCAGUGAGUUGGGCCGCUCUCGUCUGGCAAAAGUAGUGAAGACCCUGAAAGAAAUCCACCUUGCCUUCUUGCCCUACGAGGCCCAGGUGUUCUCUCUGGAUGCUCCACACAGCACCUACAAUCUCUACUGUCCCUUCCGGGCAGGGGAGAGGACACGGCAGCUUGAGGCACUGGCCCAGCAGAUAGCUACACUGUGUGCUACUCUGCAGGAGUACCCAGCCAUCCGCUACCGCAAGGGUCCAGAGGACACGGCUCAGCUGGCCCACGCUGUCCUGGCCAAGCUAAAUGCCUUCAAGGCAGACACUCCCAAUCUGGGCGAGGGCCCUGAGAAGACCCGGUCACAGCUGCUGAUCGUGGACCGGGCAGCAGACCCUGUGUCCCCGCUGCUGCACGAACUCACAUUCCAGGCCAUGGCCUAUGAUCUGCUAAACAUAGAACAGGACACAUACAAGUACGAGACCACAGGACUGAGCGAGGCCCGGGAGAAGGCUGUGCUGCUGGAUGAGGACGAUGACCUAUGGGUGGAGCUUCGGCACAUGCACAUUGCAGACGUAUCCAAGAAGGUCACGGAGCUUCUGAAGACGUUCUGUGAGAGUAAGCGACUGACAACGGAUAAGGCUAACAUCAAAGAUCUGUCCCACAUUCUGAAGAAGAUGCCCCAGUAUCAGAAGGAACUGAACAAGUACUCUACGCACCUGCAUUUGGCAGAUGACUGCAUGAAGCGCUUCAAGGGCUCAGUGGAGAAGCUGUGCAGUGUGGAGCAGGAUCUGGCCAUGGGCUCCGACGCGGAGGGCGAGAAGAUCAAGGACGCUAUGAAGCUGAUCGUCCCUGUGCUGUUAGACACAGCGGUGCCGCCCUACGACAAGAUCAGGGUCCUGCUGCUCUACAUCCUUCUGCGGAACGGAGUGAGCGAGGAAAACCUGGCUAAGCUGAUCCAGCAUGCCAACGUGCAGGCCUACAGCAGCCUCAUCCGGAACCUGGAGCAACUGGGAGGCACUGUCACCAACGCUGGGGGCCUGGGGACCUCUAGCCGGCUGGAGCGGAGGGAACGCACUGAGCCCACCUAUCAGCUGUCCCGCUGGUCCCCGGUCAUCAAGGAUGUGAUGGAGGAUGCUGUGGAGGACAGGCUGGACCGGAAGCUGUGGCCCUUUGUGUCUGACCCCACCCCCACUCCCAGCUCCCAGGCUGCAGUCAGUGCCCGCUUCGGCCACUGGCACAAGAACAAGGCGGGUGUUGAGGCUCGGGCAGGGCCAAGGCUCAUUGUGUACAUUGUGGGUGGCGUGGCCAUGUCAGAGAUGAGGGCUGCUUACGAGGUGACCCGGGCCACCGAGGGCAAAUGGGAGGUGCUUAUUGGCUCCUCGCACAUCCUCACCCCUACCCGCUUCCUGGAUGACCUCAAGACGCUGGACCAGAAGCUGGAGGAUAUUUCCCUGCCUUGACCGUGCCCCCUGCCUCUGCCUCUACCUCCCCUCUCCAGAGAAAUAAAUGCUCCCUUCUGUCUGUUAACAA